UAAAAGCAUGAAAAAUGUUGUUGCCCAAAACGUACUACUAUCUAUAUUGUACAUGAUUAUUCUGGGUGCUGUGUAUUUUAAUUAUUAGGGGCUCACGAAAUGACUAACAAUGUGAGAAAUUAAUUUAACUAUCACUUUCUUGAGGGAAGGUGUAGCUGUCAUGUGUUGUGUUGUGUGGUGUAGUGGAUGAUUUUACAACUAUAAAAGUAUAAAUUCAAGACACAAAUGUUAUUCGGCAUCAAUCUGGAGGUCAGUAGAGUGUUGUUAGUCACGCGGCAGGACCUGUUGCCUGAUAGGAGCAACACCCACUUACUACUGAGUGGGCUGCUUUUCUCGACUGGGCGGUAACUAAAGAAAACAUGCACUUUCCGACGGAAAUCAAGUGAAUCAUAGGAAGGUUUAGAAACAGUCUACAUGGUAAAACAGGACAAUGAAGAUUCAGUUUGGAGAGAAAGGGGAUGUGUCGUGGGAUGUGCUGUUAGAAGCACUGGAACGGGAAAACCAGCACCAGGAGAAGCAGCAACACCCUCAAGAUUAUAAGAGGAGUUGUGUGAGAAGUGUUCAACACAAAUGCUGUGGAGGAUCAUGGCUAUCCAUAGUGUUUAUAAUCACUGUGGUGACGAUAUCUCAGGCAUCACUUAUUCUCUACCUGAUAAGUACUUCAGGCGCACUUUACACACCAGUUGGUCAUGUCGUUUACAAUGAUUCUCUCGGAAAGUUGCGUCAUGUGCACUUCUCCUGGUCCAACUGUGGGGAUGUUUCUGACCCUGUUCAGCUGAAACAGUUGCAAGUACAACCAGAUCCUCUGCUCAUAAAGAGGAACAUCUCUCUGAACUUGAAUUCUUUCUUAACUGUGGAUGUAGAUGCACCAAUAUCAGCAAUUGUUAAAGUAGAACGUCGCAUUGGUUGGCUUUGGGUGAAGCUCCCGUGUCUGGAUGAGUUAGGAUCCUGUCAUUAUGAAGAUUUGUGUAAGUUGGUCCCACUAUCACCUACUGAACCUUGCCCUGAUCCCUUUCCAAGAUUCAAACUUCCGUGUCGUUGCCCACUCUCAAAGGGUCAUUACAGUGUACAAGAUGGCGUGUUCAGCAUUCCAGGGAUUGCAGAUAUUUUACCUGCCUGGCUGGUGUCAGGUGACUACUAUAUACAUGGAACAGCAUAUAAGGAUGGCAGGAGACUUGGUUGUUAUACUCUUUAUAUCUCUGUCUCAUAUUGAGUUUUAUAUUUAUAGGUCCUUUAACUUGUUCCCUCAGGAUUUUAUAAGUUAGUGAUACAGUACUUAUUUAUCUUUUAUGUAUGAGGAUCAUAGCAUUUUUAGGAUGAGAUGUUCUAUCAUAGUUUUACUGCUUCAAUAUAGAAAGUAAUAAAGAAUAUAAAUUUUAUCAUAGAUUAUACUAAAGAAAGUCGACCAUUUAAAGAAUCAUGCAGUGAUAAAAAUGGAGUGUUCAGUGUGACAGAUUUUAUAUAUUUACCAGCAUACUUGGUGUUGAGUGUUCAGUAUGUCUGUUGAAUGACACAUAAAAAUGGCAGGGAACGUGGUUGUUGUACUGUUCAUGCUUAUUGAGUUUUAUAUAUGCAGUAGAGCCUUAGCUUCUUUGCUAAGGAUUUUAUCUUGUUACUUACAAUAUGAAUAUUAUGCAUCAUGAUAAUAUUUUACAGUUGUGAUUUAUUUUUAUCUAGGUUUUAUAAGUACACUACAAGUACAUGUACAGUACAGUACUUACCAACAGUAUGUAACAAAAGACGUGAUUGAUCACCCAAGUGGCUAACAGGGUGACAUUGGCUAAGAGGAGAAUGAGGAAGGUCACUGAUUACAAAGAUCCAAUUUAAAAAAAAAAUUGAGGUUUAUGUACAAAAAAUCCAGGGGUAUGAAUUUUCUCUCGUUUAAAAAGAAAAAAGAAAACAAAAAGGUACAGUAUUAAUAAGGACAUUUCGGGUUCCUGUACCAGACCUAGUUAGUUUAUAAAGAUUUGAUACAACUUUUGUUAUACCUACGGGGUAAUUCACUCCAAACUUGUUGAAAAAUAUUUGAUGUAACAUUAGAACCUUGAUAUGAAUGCAUUGUUUUAGAAAGUCCAACGAAUGUGAAAAAUUUUACUGUCAAAGAUUUAGCAAUAGCAUGAGCUGUAACCUGUUAACGGAAAUAGCCUCAGGAAACCUAGUUGAGGCACAAAUUACAGUAAUCAUAAACUAAUUAUGUAGCUUUGUUUGUGGAAGAGGUCCUACACAAUCAAUAAAGAUUCUACAGAAAGGCUCUUCAACACCUGGUGCAUUAUGAGAUGCAGUGUUGAUAAGCAAAGUACCUAUAAAAUCAUAAAAAUUCAUAUAAACUGAAAGGUUGUAAAAGAAUAAUAAAAAUUCAAAGAUUUGCUGAUGUAUCAUAAAGUUAUUAUAUUUUUUAACUGUUGCGCUCUAGUAUUUGCUAGCAGUGAUGAGCGAAAUGAAAUGGGAUCAUCCUAAUCUAUUUGGUCAGAUUUUAUAGCACAAAACAAAAGCAAACUGACAGUAUUUGUAGGUGCUUGUUAUAGGGGCCCCCGACUCUGCAUUGGAGGGGAAAGUGGUAGAUUCGAGUCAUCCAGACAGCAUCCAGAGCCCAAGCUUUUGUCAAAGGAGAUUUUAAUCAUGAGAAAAUAGUCUGGGUGAAUCUUACCACACAAGCUGAGGGAGAAGAAUUCCUUGACCUGAUUCAAGACUCAUUCCCCAUACAACACAUGAUGGAACCCUCAAAGGGAGACAACAUUCUGGAUUUGAUCUUGACUGAGAAGGCAGUGGUGGACAAGGUCUAUGUGGGGGAAAGCGUAUACUCAAGUAAUAUUUUUGUUAUGUCAAUAGUCGCCAACUGAAACAAAUUCUGCAUGCAGAAACCAGUGUAGCAGUGCAUUACAUGACAAGUAAUUCAGUGCCUUAAACCGAUUGAUUUUUUUCCAGAUACACCGUAUACUGUAUAGUACCUGAAGAUUUAAUUUUAAAGGAAUUCUAACAUUCUGACUUUUUACUAUGCUGUGUGAAGAAGCAAAGUGUUAAUGUAAAACCCCUCAGAAUUUGCUCCCUAUUUUUCAUAAUUGUUAUAGUAAUAUGUUCAGAUAUAUGGUAGAUUUAAAGGGUUUCUUAAGGUCUGACUAUCAAAGGAGUUAUUUAGUGUUAAACAGUACAGUACUAUAAUGUGGAAAGAAGAAACUAGUGUCCAACAAAUUUUUCAGUAUACUGUAGUGUACUGUAUUAGACAGAAUAGACAUUUAUUAUGUAUAUACAGGUAUAGCUAUAUUUUGUAUAUUCAUCCUCAUAUUUUAUAAUAAAUAAGUAAUUUAGC